UCGGAGCAGCGGACCUCCUCCGGACCUCUACCAGGAUUUAUUCAAUUCUUAUGAAACUUCAUCAGUAGCCGCCGCGCUCCUCUCAUGGUGUCCCCGGGAGACUCCUCGGCCUCUACUCGACUUCACGGAAACUAUCGGCGACCGUUUUGGGGUCUCGAAAAUCAUGGAAACGUGGUUUGUGAAUCACGUCCUCGGGUUGUCUCUGUCGGUCCUCCUGCUGGGUCUACCGGGGCCCCUCGGGGCAGAGACCCCCAGUAGCAACAGCACGGAUUCCGUAACGGCAGGAUUUCAUUACUCGAGCGCCACAGACGAACUGAGCGGCAUGGGAAACAAUGCAACUUCAACUUCAUCCUCCAGCGAGAGUUUAUCACCAUCACAGAGGAACAUCCUGCUCACACACACUGCAGCUGCUGGAAACUUCGAAACUGAGCAGACACAAAUCUUCACAGAAACAAGCAGCAAGCCACUAGAGGCCGUAAGUCUAUCGACUGAGCUACUCACCUCCACCCUUGUUGUAGCCGCCACAGAGCCCGGCAGCAGCAGCAGAGACUGGAAGACCUGGAAGGCUAACACAGACCGGAUGUCAGACGCCUCUCCCGCUGUGUCCUGGGAGGCUAGUUCUUCGAUGUUGACAGAGGAGGCCAGACUGCCCCAGGACAGUCCAGACACCACCCUCCGACAAGGCGAUGCUUCAUCCUCGAUGUCCCACACAGCCGUCCACACUGACAGCACCUACACGUCCACCACCAUCACCCGAGCAGGGGAAAGGACCCUGCUGUCUGUCACCUCCUCUUCCAGCAACAGCACCUCCUAUGCCUUUACAGAGGACUCCAACUCCCAUCAGAACCCCUCUACCUGGGGUAUUUCUUCGAGGGCUACAGAGACUGAGGACUACACCCACAGUGUCCCCUCCACCAGGACUGAGAGCAGGGACACCGCAGACCAGCACGUGACCCACUCCUUCAAUGGGAAGCCCUCAGAGACUGGCAGCCCAGGGGGGUCCAGAGGAACACAGAGUUUCAACGGACAAGCUAAUGCCACCCAGCAUCAACACACCUCAACAUCAGAGGAGACCUCCGACUCCACACCACCUCUCAGAGUGACGGAGCCCAGCACCGACCAAUCUGAAGUGUCCGUUUCCUCCACACCUCCCGUGACCUCACCUGCAGAAGGUCCUACAUACACCUCAGGGACAGACCAGGGGCCGGGGUCUAGUGUUGGAACCUCCACUGAGUCCUCCACUGGAGUCCACAGCUCCAGCACUCAGAACCAGGAGGGCACGGAGGGGGUUUCAUCCCAGACUAGUGAGCAAAGCGUGAGCUUGGGUCUGACCACAGGACCCCCCACAGUCAGCAGCAGUACAUCUGAUCUGAACGACUCCCUAACACACACUCCAGUGCUGGUUACAGAGAUCUUCCUCACCACCACAUCUGUCACGGUCACAGAAAGAUCACAUAUAACAGAGGAACACACUUCCAAAGCCGCUGCCUCCACCAGCAGCAGCAGCGCCACCACCACCACCACUACAACGUCUCCCCAAACCUCAACCUCAUCCUCCAGGUUCAGUAGCACCAUCAGCAGCUCUGCCUCAGGAUCACCUACUGAGGCCACCAUCACGUACACUCCACCCUCCACCACAGCCUCCACCCUGGCCCGGACCAGUGCAGCGCACCCGACUCACCGCGCGUCAUCCAGCCAAACCCAGGGUCCCUCAACCGGCAUGGCUAACACCCCAAACGCCACCACCCGGCAAAUAGAAACGAGCACGGGCACUCUGGGAAUCACCACAGCUCAUAGCCAGCACAUCACCACCACCUACACCCACAGCACCCCAACCGAGAGCACAGAGGCUCUGCAGACCACCGGGAAACAGGCAGACAGGGGAGCCACACAGCUGGUGGUGACAACAACACCCACUGAUGUCAGAUCCACCAAGGCACCUCCACCACCGCUAAGAAACCCGUGUGUGUCAAACCCUUGUAUGAACGGAGGCAUGUGUGUGAGCGAUAAAGAGCAUCAGUACACCUGCCACUGUCAGCAGGCGUGGACAGGAACAACCUGCAACCAGGAUGUGGAUGAGUGUGAGAGGGACCCCUGCCCUGUCGGGUCCAGGUGUGUGAACACGCGAGGCUCCUUCAGCUGUGAAUGUCCGCUCGGCUUCGACCUGGAGGAUGGACGCACCUGCACCAGAGCGAAGACGUUUCUGGGAACCUUCAGCGUUAACAGGCUGCCUCACGACCCUGUGAUCUUCAAGAGCACCAGCAUACAUGAGAUCCAGAGAGAGAUUAUUCAGCUGCUCAAUGCUUCACUGUCAGUCCUCCGAGGUUACAGCCGCUCCCUGCUGAGUAAGAAAGAAGAGGACGGGGUUCGUAUUUCAGCUGUCAACAUGUUUUCCAUCUCCACCAAUGUGACGAGUGCUGAGGUCUACAACAGCAUCCAGAUGUCUCUCAGCAACUGCAGCUCCUCGUUGGCCCACUGUCGGAUGGUCCUGCACCACCAGCUCACCUAUCACAUGGAAAGUCUGUGUGUGGCCCAGAAGACUCAGUGUGACACAGAGCGCUCCACCUGCACCGACACCAGCGGCACGGCCCACUGCCAGUGUCUUCAGGGAUACUACAAACACAACCCCGACGACCUGUCCUGCUUAGAAUGUGGGGAUGGCUACAAGCUGGAAAACGGCACCUGCAUUCCAUGCAUGUUUGGAUUUGGAGGAUUCAACUGUGGAAAUUUUUACAAGCUGAUUGCAGUUGUGGUGUCACCUGCAGGGGGCGCUGUGCUCCUCAUCCUCAUCAUCGCUCUCAUUGUCACCUGUUGCAAGAAAGACAAGAAUGACAUCAACAAGAUCAUCUUCAAGAGUGGAGACCUGCAGAUGUCCCCGUACGCAGACUUCCCCAAAAGUAACCGCAUAUCCAUGGAGUGGGGCAGGGAGACCAUAGAGAUGCAGGAGAACGGCAGCACCAAGAACCUGCUGCAGAUGACCGACAUUUAUUACUCACCUGCGUUGCGCAACUCAGACCUGGAGAGAAACGGCCUGUACCCGUUCACUGGCCUGCCGGGUUCUCGCCACUCAUGUAUCUACCCCGCCCAGUGGAACCCCUCCUUCAUCAGUGACGACUCACGAAGAAGAGACUACUUCUAACUGCUCCACUUUGAACGCAUGCACACACACACACAGAAACUCACCAUCUCUUUUACUGAUGUUUCAUGUUUUCUGUCAAAGUGUCAGUUUUAAUGUGUUAGCCCAUCUGCAUUCAGUGCUGCACACUAACUACAGUAUGCAAAUAUGUGUGUGUGUUUGUGUGCAUGGGCUGAAAGUGCACAUUUUUGCAAGUAAAAUGUCUCCUGCGAGUGUUCUUGUGUGGCCGCUUCAGCGUUUCUGCAUGUCUCAGCUCAUUUACUUCAACUCACACGUCGCAUUGCUGCUGCUGCGUUGAAGACUGCCUAAUGUGUUUUUACAGCCACUGAUUCUCAUUUACUUCACUGUGUGAAACAAAACAAUUUGCAGAUGCUCGAAACAUGCUCGAUCCAUGCAGCAUAAACAUGCAACGCGUCUGGCAGUUAUGCUGCCUGGUAACACAGCCUGGUUAGCUUGAAAACUCUGCGCUGCGUUAAUGCACAACGAUAAAGAAAAAUAGAUUCACCCAAAGAAAUUCAUGUGAAUCAUUCAAUGAAGUGAAUGAGUGUUGAUCAUUGGCAGGAAGUUGGGAAAAACACAUUUGAAUUCAAUUU